AUGAAUUACGUCUUUGACGGAGUGUUCGAUCGAUACGGUCUCACUGAUGCAUGGGUCCUUUUGCUUGAAGAAGAUCACUAUGUUGUACCAGAUGCACUACAUGUUCUGCAUAAUAUCAUAGCGAAUAGAGAAACGUACUGCGAGAAAUGUGAAAUCAUCUCGUUGGGUUUCUACCUUAAAUCGUUCACAGCUUAUGGACCAAAUAUUGCAAAACUUGGAGCGCAUCCUUGGUAUAGCUCGAAGCAUAAUAUGGGAAUGGCCUUUCGACGUGAGACUUGGAUGAAAGUGAAAGCCUGUGCUGAACUCUUCUGCAAUUAUGAUGACUACAACUGGGACUGGUCACUGAUGCAGGUCGUUGUACGAUGCCUCCCACAACGCUUCCGAGUGAUAUUCACAAAAAGUCCUAGAGUUAUCCAUAUUGGCGAUUGUGGCUCUUCAUACGCCGCACAGUUGUUUGCUUUCUUCCGAAAUUCUGAACCUAAAAAUUUCAGAUGCAAUGCCCACGACACGUAUACAUCAACACGAGCGGUCUUGGCAAAACACGCAAAAUCCUUCUUUCCAUUACGGCUCACCGUCACCGAUGUAUCAUUACGGUCUCCGAAGCCUUCGAAAGAAAAUGGCGGAUGGGGAGACAUACGUGACCACGCACUCUGUCUUGCAAAUACGUACCCGCUGAAUAAAACCGCUCAUAUGAUCCCUGAAUUGCAAGAAUUGAUGCAAUCCUCAGUUCAUAUUGCUUCUAACGGGCUUCGAAAAGAGGGUUUGUGA